UAUAUCCCUUGAUUCAUCUCAAUUUCCAAAAUUGAAUUUAUCUAUCUAUCUAUCUAUAUAUAUUUAUAAUUAUAUAUGUGUGUUUGUGAUUUUGUUUCUUGUUCGUGAUUGAUCAUCAGUGAGUUGGAAGGAAACGGUCGAUGCGAGUUAGGGUUUUUGGGAUUACUUGUAGGGGGAGAUUAGUAGCAGCUGUGAAUUUUUGGUGAUGGGCGAUGACAAAUCGAUGCUCGUGAUGGCGAGUAGAGAUAGAGAGAGUAGAGAUCGAGAGCUUCUAAUCCCGGUCGCCGACUCUACCUACGAUGAUUCCUCCAAACCUUCUCCUUCAUCUUCUUCGCAUCACGCCGGCCGUGAGACCUUUUACAAAGUUUUACGGAGCUGGGCUUCAAAGAAGUUCAUGACGGGAUGUGUCAUUCUGUUUCCUAUAGCAAUCACUUUCUACAUAACAUGGUGGUUUAUUCACUUUGUGGAUGGCUUUUUCUCUCCAAUUUAUGCUCAACUUGGCAUCGAUAUAUUUGGUCUUGGAUUUGUAACUUCUAUAACAUUCAUCUUCUUGGUUGGGGUAUUCAUGUCAUCAUGGUUGGGAGCAUCUGUUCUAGGCCUUGGUGAGUGGUUUAUCAAACGGAUGCCAUUUGUUCGUCAUAUCUACAAUGCCUCCAAGCAGAUUAGUUCUGCUAUAUCACCAGAUCAGAACACCCAGGCGUUCAAGGAAGUAGCCAUCAUAAGGCAUCCACGUAUUGGUGAAUAUGCAUUUGGGUUCAUUACUUCGUCUGUUACUCUACAGACCUACUCCGGUGAAGAAGAGCUAUGCUGUGUCUAUGUUCCCACGAAUCAUCUUUACAUCGGUGAUAUAUUCCUCAUCAAUACCAAUGAUGUUAUCAGACCAAAUCUAUCAGUCCGUGAAGGAAUUGAAAUUGUGGUGUCCGGGGGGAUGUCGAUGCCCCAGAUACUGUUAACACUGGAUACACGUUUGCCUCUGGAAAGAAGUAGAUCCCACUGAAGCUGAUCGUUGCUUGUUCACAUAGAAUGUAACAGAACAAUAUUUUCUUUCAAAUACAAUUUCAGGCAGGUAGGCAGUUUUCUGUUGUUGUAAGUGUUGCUUUGUGUUUCUUUCAACCAUUAGAAUGGAAAAUGUUUAUUGUAACUGAAUAUAUAUUAUAUACUAGUAAAUGUACGUUGCAGAAACUCAAUUUUCAAAUACAAUUCCCUUCCCUUUAUUUUGUUUGAUUUCC